AUGGCUGUUGCAAUCUCUCCGCCAAAGGUUGUAGGCCCCCUGCAAAUGAAGCGGACCAAAGCUACCAAGCAGCUGCCCCAGUCGUUGGCUGACACGGCACGGCGAAUCGAGAGAACCACUUUCGAUCCGACGAAACAUCUGAAUUAUGCAAACCCCGAGAAGGUGUACAGCAUGAAGGAUAUUGGGCUGGAAGGCCGUGGCAUCUCUGCCACUGCGCUCACAACACCCUUUAGCUUAUUCACCGAAGAAGCCAUCAAUCAGAUGCGGGCGGAGCUCUUUGAUCCAGAGAUCUUGGAAAACUACCACGUUUGCUCUGACUUUGCAUCGAAUAUGCUCAAGGGAUUUGGCCCACAGAGAGCACCAUUCAUACAUGCGGUCUGGAAUAGCCCAGAAGUGCUCGAAAUCAUGUCAAGUUUAUUGGGAAUUGGGGUCGUUCCGGUCUUCGAGUAUGAAGUUGGACAUACUAAUGUUUCUGUUAAUUCCGGAAGCAACGCGUCGAGCGAUGCGCAGACGGAUUCCACACCAGAUGAAGACGAUUCUGCCUUCUCCUGGCAUUUUGACAGUGUGCCUUUUGUAUGCGUCACGAUGCUGUCUGACUGUACAGGGAUGGUAGGUGGAGAGACUGCCGUCCGAUUAGACACAGACGAGGUGAUGAAGGUGCGCGGACCCACGAAGGGGUGCUCGGUUGUGAUGCAAGGACGGUAUAUCGAACACCAGGCUCUCAAGGCACACGGGGGGGCCGAGCGAAUCACAAUGGUCACGUCGUUUCGGCCAAAAUCAGCUUUAGUCAAAGAUGAGACAGUGCUGGUGGGCUUUCGUCCGAUAAGCCAUCUGCCAGAAAUCUAUAAGCAAUACAGUGAAUAUCGAUUAGAGAAUUUGGAAGAGCGCAUAAGGCACCAACUAAGGAAGGUCCGCGAGCGCGAGCGCGCUCAGCUGAUAUUUGAUACUGCGGCGAUGAAGAAUUUCUUGAGAGAGCAGAGAGACUAUAUCGACACCACGCUUGACGAGCUGGUUGAGGAUAGUGAUAGCUAA